AUGGGCUUGGAUGGUGGAUUAGUUGUGGUUGCUGUAGAUUGCAUUGUUGGUGAUGGUGUGGGAGCUGCUAAUACGCAAGCUCCACCGCCGCAAGAGCCGACGGUGGAGGAUCAGGAGGAGGCAGUGGGACCGGGACCGCAAGCCGCCCCACCCCAGCCAAAGCUGCCGGGGGCACUGACGAAGGAACCACCGACGGCAGGAGCAAAGGUGGCGACACAAACCGGCCCGAUGAGCCACCACGCCUACUCUCCCCCACCACCGCCACCAGCGACGGCGGAGCAAGCACAGUCUGUGAGCCCUGAUCCGCAAGUUGUGUAG